GCUGUGACGAGUAACGAGUUGACGGUGAAAAGGGGCUCACUAUCAUUUGCUUCAUUAGUGUCAGUCUCACUUCUCGGCUCACUCCCGGCUCCGAGUGAACUGAAUCAAACCAGAAUAGUUUUUUAUUUCCCCAAAUCAAACGAAAACCUCAGCGUCUUGUUGAACUUGAACUCAAUGAAGUGUCCAAAACCCUAAAUUACAAAUAAGUUGCUUAAACCCUAAAUAUAAAUAUUUCAGAAUGAUUAAUGGUUAUGAUGAUGCAGCAGCAGCAGAACUCGUCUGCACCGCCGCAACCCUGCAACGACGCUCUUAGAUCCCCUACAUCCACGCCUACUCCAUCCACUCAUGGACCUACUCUGCCCCGCCAAGCGAUACCAUUACAGAUAGCCGAUCAUGUCAUUGGCCCGGUGGUCCCUAUCUCAGUCGAGCCCCCUGUGACGAUGCCGGCGCGAGUCCGUUUAGAGGACAUGACGUCCUACGAUGGGGCCCCUUGUGGGUCCUACCUGAGGGCUGUUGAAGCGUUGUCGGGGUCGCUCAUGAGGCACAAUGCCGCCGUGAUUGAAUUGGGUAGCCAGGAUGCUGCUGUUAUGCGCUGCGGACUCGAAGCGGCUCGAUUUUACUUUAGGACUAAAUCACAAUGUGCCGCCAAGGGAAGCCGUGGGGUCUAUAUCUAUCGAGCAGGAAGGGCUUUGGAAGAUUGGGACACAUGUCCCCCGUGCAUGGUUGAUAUCUUUAGGUGCAUGGGAAAAGCAGCUCGUGCUGCUUUAUUUAUGAUUGCAAGGCAUCUUCGAUUGCGAAGCGACGUUUUCAAUAGUUUACUUGAUGAUAACCCGUUGCCUCCUGGCGAGGUGUCUUCAUCUGUGCUUGUCGCUACCUACUGUUAUGCAUCCAUGCAAAAUGGAAAAGGAUCUAUAGGUGGAGGGAAGCCAUUGAUAAAUGGCGAAGUUGAGAAGGGAUUAUUAACAGUGAUUUCCUCUGACAGUCCUGGUCUACAGGUCUGUGAUCCCAACGGGCGCUGGUACCUUGCAGAUGGUGGGUCUUCUGCUAAAGAUCUUGUACUGAUUACAGGCAAGGCACUAAGCCAUGCUACUGCUGGCCUUCGUCCUGCUGCCAUGUAUAGAGCUGCUGCUGAUUAUAUGUCGUGCACCAAUAAUGGAGGGAGGACAUCACUGGCAUUUAGGCUCAUGCCACAGGGCAAUGCUAUAUUAGACUGUUCUCCAAUUGCAGCGGCAGGUCAUGUCAUUCCCCAGAGUUAUGUGCCAAUAUCUGUAAGCCAAUUUAUGGACGACCUUUCUGCGGAAGAAGAUGGAUUGUGUAAUCGUUCUGAUAACACUUAUGUUGCACAAAAUGAUUUAAAUAAGGAACCUUCAUUAAGAAGCGUUCUCUCAGAUCCCGUAUCUGGUGCAUUUCUCGAGGAUGCCGUGGUUGUUUCGUGUGGACAUUCAUUUGGUGGUCUUAUGCUAAGAAGGGUCAUUGAAAUAUCCAGAUGUACCAUCUGCGGCGCUGAGGUUGAGACUGGGUCUUUGGUCCCUAAUCUAGCUCUCAGAGCUGCUGCAGUAGCUGUGAAGCAAGAGGAUGAUAGAAGGCUGUUCCAUAAUGCUGCUCUCCGUAAGCGUCGGAAAGAAAUGGGGGAUCAAAUGGAUCCAAUCAGAAAAUCAAAUAGGGAAAAUGGAGAUGUCGCUGUUGAUGAUGGGUUGCAUAGAGGGGUGCAAUAUCCAUUUUCUGUUAAUGAGAAGGUGCUAAUUAAGGGAAAUAGGAGGACGCCAGAAAAAUUUGUCGGCAAGGAAGCUGUUAUCACAUCCCAAUGUCUCAAUGGUUGGUAUUUGCUUAAGAUUAUUGGAAGUGGUGAGAAUGUACGGCUUCAAUAUCGUUCUCUUCGAAAGAUCUUGAACUCUCCUACCAUCGAAGACGGUCGUACUGCACAUCCUAUUCAGAACAAUAGUUGAUGACUUCAAAUUUGUUUGUUUUAGGAAUUUUACGUCCUUUCAUCUGGAUAGCACACAAUUAGUCAUGUAUAACCUUGUCAAGAUAAAUGUGAUACAAGUUUCUUGUAAGUUAUACUGUAUUUGCAUGUUGAUUUAGCUACAGAAAAGAGGUAGUCCUAUAACAAGCUUGUAAAGAAAAUUGUAUUGGUGUAAGAGGUUGACAGCGAGAUGAUUAUUAUCAAUCAUGUAUAAUUUUUUUUGGUUGGAAGAAAGCCAAUUUUCUCUUGGUUACAUGCAA